UUGUUGGGGAACUUGGACCGGAUCCCCGCCACCUCCUGCCUGCGUGUAGCUGCGCACAAACGACAAAAACGUUUGUAAUUCUCCAUCCGCUGGCUCACCUCCACCUCCUGAACUGGGACGAUGCUGCUGUCGCCAGUCAUCCGCCGGCAGCCAAUCACGUGAGAGGAUGUGGGGCAAUGGGCGGGGCCACUCGGGGGCGGGAUGAUGUCAUCGCACAGAGCGAAACGGUGGUUUUACUUUGAAAACCCGGAAGCUGUCCGCGGUGUGUCCGUGCAGCUUGACGGAGCCUCCAUCACCUGACAGCGGCUUCAGGCCGGAGCUGUGCGCUCGGAACACCGUCCAUGGAUUCUGUUUCCCCGCUGAGGAUAUUCUACUGACGCGGUCGGCGGCACCGGCCCGAACCAGAGCCACACCGCCCGGGUCCGGCCAUGGACGAGCAGGCGGGCCCCGGCGUCUUCUUCAACAACAACAACUCGGGCUCGGCCGGAGCUGGCGGCGCUAAAGCCGCGCAGCCAGGCGACGGCGGCGGCGGAGAGGCGGCCCGGGCUCAGUACAGCAUCCCGGGGAUUCUGCACUUUCUCCAGCAUGAGUGGGCCCGGUUCGAGGUGGAGCGGGCGCAGUGGGAGGUGGAGCGGGCCGAGCUGCAGGCUCAGAUCGCCUUCCUGCAGGGCGAGAGGCGGGGUCAGGAGAACCUGAAGAAGGACCUGGUGAGGCGGAUCAAGAUGCUGGAGUACGCCCUCAAACAGGAGAGAGCCAAAUACCACAAACUGAAAUACGGAACAGAGCUGAAUCAGGGAGAAAUCGAUCCUCCGAGCUACGACUCAGAUGAAGGCAACGACAGCGAGCUGCCCAGUCCUCCCAACAGCAGCCAUCAGCUCAGCUGGAAACAGGGACGCCAGCUGCUCCGACAAUACCUGCAGGAGGUCGGAUACACCGACACCAUCCUGGAUGUGAAGUCCCAGCGGGUCAGAGCGCUGCUCGGUCUGACCGGAGACUCGGGAGACAAACCUUCAGACAAGAAAGCCGAGCCGAUGGUCAACGGCACCGAACCGUCCUCGCUGAAGGACAGCGGCAUGGUCAGUAAACCCGACAUGUCCGACUCGGCCACCGUGUUGGAGGCCUUCAAGUUCAUCGAGAACGCCGCGACGGAGUUCAGCGACGAGGACGAGGACGAGGACAGCGAAGGGAGGGACAAAACCAUCCUGGACCUGGCGGCGAUGGUGAGGAAGAAACAGUCGUCCACGCCGUCUUCCACCACGUCCGACCUCAGCGACGACCUCGACACGGAGGAGGCCCUGAAGGGUUUCGACUUCUUGGCGAGUCCUGACGAGUUGGACGGGUCGCCCGAGUCCAGGAGCGGCGAGGACAGCGGAGAGUGGGAGAAGGAAGAGCAGCCUCCUCUGGGUGAGCUGGCCUGGGACGUGGACCAGGGACUCAUAGCCCAGCUCAAGGAGCAGUACAGGAAGGAACGCAAGGGCAAGAAGGGGGUGAAGAGACCGAACCGGUCCAAGCUGCAGGACAUGCUGGCCAACCUGCGGGACGCCGAGGACCUUCCCUCCAUGCAGCCGGCCGUGACGCCGCCCUCUCGGCCCAGCGUUCCCAGGCUCAGCGAGCACGAAGUGGGCCGCCCUGAAGACGAGGCCAUGACGUUCCUGCCGUCGUCGGGGAAGUCCUUCAUCCUGGGCAGAGUGGACGAGGCGGUUUCCAACGAGCUGGGACUGGGAGAACUGGCCGGGCUGACCGUCGCCAACGAGGCCGACAGCCUGGCGUUCGACAUCACCAACAACAAGGACGCUCUGAGGAAAACCUGGAACCCCAAGUUCACCCUGAGGAGCCACUUUGACUCGGUGCGGAGUUUGGCCUUCCACCCGGUGGAGCCGGUUCUGGUCACGGCCUCCGAGGAUCACACCCUCAAGCUGUGGAACCUGCAGAAGACAGCGCCGGCCAAAAAGUGUGCUGCUUUAGACGUGGAGCCCAUCUACACGUUCAGAGCUCACAGCGGCGCCGUCCUGUGCGUCACCAUGAGCUCGAGCGGUGAGCAGUGCUUCAGCGGAGGGGUGGACGGCACCAUUCAGAGCUGGAACACCCCAAACCCCAACAUCGACCCCUACGACUCCUACGAGCCGUCCGUCCUGCGGGGGGCGCUGUGCGGUCACACGGACUCGGUGUGGGGUCUGGUCUACAGCUCGGCUCACCACCGCCUCCUCUCCUGCUCGGCCGAUGGGACGGUCCGGCUGUGGAGCGCCGCCGACGCCUCGUCGUCUCUGGCUGUGUUCAACGAGGGCGGAGAGCUGGGAGUGCCGACCUCGGUGGACCUGGUGAGCAGCGAGCCGGCCCACAUGGUGACGUCCUUCACCACCGGACACAUCGGACUCUUCAACAUGGAGACGCAGCAGCUCGUCCUGAAGCUGGAGUCUGCCGGACCGCCAGACGCUCCCUGCAAGAUCAACAAAGUGCUGAGUCACCCCACGCUGCCCAUCACCAUCACCGCCCAGGAGGACCGCCACAUCCAGUUCUUCGACAACAACACAGGCAAACUGAUCCACUCGAUGGUCGCCCACCUGGACUCGGUCACGAGUCUCGCUGUGGAUCCAAACGGGCUGUACCUCAUGUCAGGAAGUCACGACUGCUCCAUCCGGCUAUGGAACAUGGAAACCAAAACCUGCAUCCAGGAGUUCACCGCCCACCGCAAGAAGUUCGAGGAGUCCAUCCACGACGUGGCGUUCCACCCCACCAAGUGCUACAUCGGCAGCGCCGGCGCCGACGCGCUCGCCAAGGUCUUCGUAUGACCCGAGAGCGGCGAGGAGACGUCCUGACGGGCCGGCCGGGUCUCUGCUCAGCCCCUCCCCCUGGACUCGGGCUGGCCCGGUCCUCGAAACAAACGCACCUCUGAAGCAGCGCUCAGUGCUUUCGCUGGAAUCUGUUGUUCGUCUUUAACGCGUCUCUUCUGUAACCACAGACUCUGCAGCCGUCUGCCUCGAGGGAUUCGAUCAAAAUGUGCCUUUUUCCUUCACGACUAAAGGAUCAGAAGCUGUGGGAGCAGCAGCAGAACCAGGCGGCGCCAGAGUUGGACUGUGAGCUCCUGAACGCUCCCGGACUCACAGCACAGGUUCAUCCAGUAAACCAGGUGGCAUCAGGAACACCUGAAGAGUUUAACUUCAGCUCUAGAGUAUGACUUCAGUCCGCUGUGCUGUGUCUCUGCUGACUUCCUGCUCCGUUAGAAAGAUUCAGAACCACCGGGACAGAACAGCGUUUAUCAGAACUGCAGCCUUCAGAAAAAAACUUUCACAUUAAUUUAUUCGUUUUUCAGUCCGACUGAAAGGAAAAACAGAAGUUCUCCUCCUGGAACAAACGUUUCUCGACCUACGUGAGAGUUCUGCGUCCGUCUGACCCGAUCGCCAACACGUCCAUCAGGUUGGUUCCAUGUGAUGAUGAAUCACAGCGUUGUCUCAGACAGAUUGGUCCAAAGUCACUAGAACUCGUCCAGAGUGAUCCUAAAUUUAUCCAAAACGGUAAAACUCUGUUCAAAAGUUGUCCACAAUAACUAAACAAUAAUCAGGCCUCGUCUGAAACGACCAUCGAUUCGUCAAAAACAAAAUAUGACUGAAAUGAUUCAAAGUGCGUCCAAAUAACAAAACUCUGACCGUGAUGGCUGAGAGUUUGUCCGUCGUUACAAAACCUGACCCAAGAUGACUCUAACUUUGUCCCAAAUGACCCAAACAUGUCUGAAGUAAGCACGCCUCGUCCAAAACAACGUGUUCUGUUCGGUCCAUAAGGACACCACUCGUCCAGGUGAUGAUGUUUGUAAUGAGUCCGAAUGACUCCGAUGUUGUCCUAAAUGGUCAAACAUUGUUUAAAGGAACUGAAAUAUGUUCAAAAUAAUAAAUCAGAUUUCAAAGGUUUGUCCCAAAGGACUGCGGAUUUCUCCAGAACAAUAAAACAUUCUUUAAAAUGACCCAAAGUUUGUCCAGAAUUACUCAAAAUUUGACCCCAAAAAAAGUUGUCAUUUUGGACGUUUUUUGAGUCAUUUCGGACCAGAACUCUUGAAGGCUUUUGUGCUGAGAAACGCGGUUUUGUUCUGGUUCUAUUCUGGUUCUUUGAAUCUCUACAGCUGAAGUCAGGAGACGCGCUGAAGCAGGUCCUCGCUUCUGUCCAGCCUGAAAGCGACUGCAGGUGUUUCUUUUCCUCACACGGGUGUAAAAUAUUCUGCAGCUUCGGCUCCACGUGAAACCUGCUGCAGACGAGCUGCGGCGACGCUUCUUCUUUUAGCUCUCAUCUCGUAUUUAUUAAGAGGCCAAAUGAAAGCGCAGAGAUUCGGCCGAGCCUGGCGCCGUCGCUAAUGCUAAUUAGCUCCACGUGUUGUGAAGUAACUCGCCGGUUCUGGUCCCCGACCUGCUCCGGGCCGCCCCUCAGAUUUGUACAUGCUUUAUAUGCUGAAUGCCUGAAAAUACUGUAUUUUGUGUAAUUACUAUGAUUUGGAGCGAUUACUAGUUUUUUAAAUGACUCUCUGUGUUUGGUGACAGACGAUAGAUAUUUUUUUUAUUCUCCGUUUUACUUGAAAAGUGUCGUUUGUUCCUUUUUAGGGGUUUCUGCUGGUGUUUUGAGAAGUCCACGUGUCGCACACGACUUCACCUCUCAGCACUUCUUCUUUGCUUUUUACCAAACUGUCAUCUCAAACACGUGUGUUCGUGUGUCGUGACUUUGAGAAGUUUUAAAUCCAAUCUGUAAAAAGGGGAAAUAGAAGCGUGUACAGUUUUUAAGUAUUAAAGCAGAUCUAUUUAUUAACCUGGUGUAAAGGGAGUAUUGGGGGAAGGCUGAGCCGCAGAGUGGACGUCUGUCGGUGAGUCAUUCACAGACUUCUGGACAAAGAUCAAACUUUGAUAAGCAAACGCACGACGAGUUAGCGGCUGCUGUUCAAUUCAGCUUUCCUGUAAAAUGAUGCAGAAUGUGAAUGGAGUCUGGUUGGUUUGGUCAGACACGGUGAACUGUUCCUUUAAAGGACUCAUCACGAUCAAAGGUGUUUAUAAGUCUGAGGUUUUAAAUGAAGGACAACCAGACGAUCUGUCCGCUCGUUCACACUGAGGCAGCUUUUUCAGAUUUGCGUGUCGGCUCUUCUGUGAAAAUUUGAUCCGUGUAAAUGUUUGUAGAACCACGAUACGGUCUUUAAAUGGAUGUAUAUGGAAGUAUGCGAGGGUUGAUUAAAACGCUCAGAGACUGUGGCUGAAACAGCGUUGACCGUCUCCUCCUGAGUGUGGGCAGCGAUGCUCUGCUCCCAGCGCUCCUGCAGCACUUCAGCGCUCCACAAACAUCUCAGCUCCAUCUGCAGUGAAUCUCCAAAUCUCAACGGAGAAACUUCAUCUCUGGAUCGUUUAGUGGAAGAAGAAGUUGCAGGAAGACAAAUCUGGACAGCAGGCGGUGCAGAGCGACGGUUGGUUCGGCUGCAGAGCUCUCAGGUUUCUGUCGACGUCUGACGGCUGCCUCAGAUGUUCUCGGACUCCUCUGAAGGCCACAGUAGAACAACUUCCAGUGUUUCUGACUCUGUGAAGUUUAAUCUGACGAGAUAAGUCUUCUGUUAAGGUUUCGAAACCUCGAUUACACGUGAUGCUGUUGUACAGUCCUGUGAUUUCACAUCACGACAUGAUGCCAGAUGCUCACGCAGCGACGCUAAAAAUCACACAGUGACAGAAAGGAACUACAGCGUGGUGCAAAAUAAGCUCAAGAUGUCAACAGUGGGAUAAAGAAUGACAACAGGAUCCAGUUAAAACUCUCACAAAAGCACAAAACAAGCAAAACAACUGCAGAGUUAUACAAAGCAAAUACAAAUGGGCCCAAAACAAAGUGACAAAUUCUACAUUUAUGUUAAAAAAAGACAAAUAAGGACACAAAACAAACCCACAGCGAUGCAGAAGAACCACAAAGCGCCAACAGGGACGACAGGUGAGGACAUAAAAAACACACAAAGCAGCCACAAACGCUGUAAAGUGACGCAAAGCAAACACAACGUGAAAAUAAUGUGACAAAAAAUGAUAAACUGAUGCAGAGACGGCGAGAAGAAGAUAAAACAAACCAACACCAGGCGUCUCCUCCUGGUCGGUUCUGGCCUCUUUGAGAUGUUGCUCAGAACAUUUGGGCCGACUCGAUGCUUCGUCUGUUUCCUUUGCGAGAGUCUCUGCUGCAGAAUCGGAUGUUCUGAUCCGUCAGACUCCUGCAUCACGUCUCACUGGCCCUGAUGCUGUCGCGCCACAGGUGCUGCACAGGUGAGACGGUCACCUGCUCAGUCUCUGAACCUUCUGAUCAAACCUCGCGCUGACGACAGAUUCAACAGAACUAAUCCAAAGCAGAACUGCAGCGCUCACCUAAACCGACCUUUGGCAGGUGAAUGAGAUCCCGCUGGUGUUCAUCGUCUGGUAUGAUCACAGACUGUAAUGAGGCCGUGGCUCUAAUCUGUGAUAUCUGGACUGGAGUCUGGUUCUCAGAGAGAAACACGAGGUCCACUGAGCUCAUGUUGGCGCUUUGCAGCCACAUAAGGUUCAGAUAUUUAAGGUGGGUUUUGCUUCCAGCAGGAGUCGGUGUCUUCUGCUGAAACAAUGUUGAGCUGAAGCAGGAUUCAUGAACAAACCCGACUCCUGUCAAGGGUUGGACAUGACUCUCAGUCCCACUGGCCAGCGGUGGCUCAGGCAGCUGGUCGGUGGCCAAAGCAGAGCUGAACUUCAGACUGGGAGCUUCAGGUCCAGUCGGCCUGUAAAUGAUUUCAUGUUUAUAGUGAAACCCUGAAGCAGGACAGAAGCUGCUGUACAUACACAUGUUGUUUUCCUUCUUUUCCUCACGAUGGGACGGUGGCAGUAACAACAAUAAAGAAUAUGUUGAACUGA